AUGGAUGAUCUGCGUGAAAGGUGCACCAUAUCUGAAAAUUCGUGUCUGGAAGCCGUGUCGGCAGCGUCCGGGACCAUCAAAGCAGACAUUGAAGAUCUCUUUAAGCGCGUGGAAAACCUGAAAUUCAGUAAUGAGCGGGAGACAGAGCUCCUCACUACAUUCCAAGCUUCUCAUACACAGGUUUUGUUGAAAGUCUCCACAGAAUUAGGUCAGAUCGCCUCUAGAUCUCAACAGCAAUACGACGAAAAGCUUGAAAGGGCUCAACAAGUGAUCCUAGACAGCUUGAACUUUCCUGGAAUGCGAUCUAGAUACGAUCAAGUCAACGACGCUGAAUACAAAACAUUCACCUGGAUCCUCAACCCCCCUUCGGACCAAGAACUUCCUUGUGACAGCUUUAUUCAGUGGAUAAAUUCCAGGGCAGGAGAAAAUCCCAUUUAUUGGAUUUCUGGCAAGCCUGGAUCUGGGAAGAGCACCUUAAUGCGCUAUAUCAGCGAGACGAUUGGCGCAGAGCACUUACAUGAAUGGUCCCAAGGACAAGAAGUACUUCAAGCAAAGUUCUUUUCAUGGAACCCGGGUCAUGGUGAGGAGAAAUCUUUCCACGGAAUACUACGCUCGCUGCUCUAUCAAUUACUUGAAAUAAAACGACAUCUCAUCCAAUGGGUGGUCACUCCAGAGAGAUGGAGAGCCGCACUUGCCUCGCAUUCAAGAGCAGAUGAUUGGGGAGCUAGAUCGCUUAGGAAGGCAUUCGAUGACUUUCUAUCAAUUCAACUCUCUGAUGCCAAAAUCCUUCUGUUCAUUGACGGACUUGAUGAAGUAUAUGGAGAUGACGAAAGGAGACAGGAAGUGCUCGACUUCGUCUUUGCCGCUACACAGCAUGACAAUAUCAAGAUCUGUCUAUCAAGUCGCCCUUGGACCAUGUUCGAAGAUGCAUUUGAAACUUGUGCAAGACUGAGGCUUGAGAAACUCACUCAGGGAGACAUUGAAAAAUAUGUCUUCGGUAAGCUGAAGUCGGACGCCCGGUUUUUACAACUCUGCUCAUACUCAACGACCAAUGCUGAUCAACUUAUGCAAGACAUUGCGGGCAGGGCUGAGGGUGUAUUUCUGUGGAUCAAGCUCGUGGUCAUGGAAAUGUUACGGAGAACUAGAGACGGUGAAAGCAUUUGUACCCUACAGAAAAAACUGGAUGGAAUACCAGCUGAUCUGGAUUUGUACUUCCGUCGAAUGCUGGAGUCGAUAGAUCCAGAAUAUCGUGAAGAGGCAUCGACCUUUCUCCAGUUAAUCCUUCAAAAAAGUGCUGUAGAGCGCUAUAUCGCUCACCGUUCCGGUUGGACCGCUCUGUCACUGUCAUUCGCCGAAGAGGGAGACUCCAGGUUUGCGUUGAAACCCGGGUAUGAAUUCUCUGCUCUGAACAUGAUGGACAUGGAGGGUUGGGCCUUCAAUCUCGAUCAAAUGAAAAGACGAAUAAACAGCCGAUGUCUUGGUCUUCUUGAAUGCCAUGAUCAGCUGGACGAACGCUUCAAUCGCAUUUAUGGGCCAGAAGUUAAGUUCCUUCACCGAUCCUUGGCUGACUUUCUUCGGACCUCAACCUCGACAGCUCUGCUACAUCAGUACACGGGCGGGGAAUAUGAUGUUACAUCGUAUGAAGCAUGCGUCUGGGGCACGCUAGCUUUUGUGUUUGGACGACUCGAUACUGAUCACCUGACCUUCUUCCCAGCGGUUAAAAGUGGCCUGGUUCCGAUUGAAUUAGAGCCACUGCACACCCUGUGCGAAAUGAUCAGUGAAGAGUUACAGCCUCAUGAUUCAGUGACUUAUCGAUUUGUCAAACUUAUCGGAUCCAUAGUGCCUUUGAUUGAGAAGAACGAGGCACUUCGCCAUCGACUGGACAUGUUCUCUCGCCGGCGUCAUCCCUUGGUUGACAACAUUUUACAAUGGGAUAUGAGGGUACCCCCCCCGAUUGUGGUGUUGGGUACACAAUAUCACUGGAAGAAUGUUCUGUUAGCUCGACUGACCUCAGAUAUUGUCAGAAAUGGAGUGGGGCGACCUCUUCUUCUUUUUGCUCUCGGAGACCCAGAACUCACAGGUUUCAACCAAACAAUUUGGGACAAAAGGUUGUGGACAAUGAGAUUUCUCCUUCGACUAGGUGCCAACCCAAACGAAGUGUACAAGGGCACAUCGGUAUUCUGUGAGAUUAUGAUAAUUCUAUCAGCGAGUAAUCCAGUAUUCUGGUAUCAAUUAGAACUUAUGCGGCUUCUCACCUCACAUGGCGCAUCUGAAAGUAUCCCAGAAGAAUGCAUGAUUCACACCGAAGAGCGAAAUAUGCCUGUUGGCUUUCAAGCAAACUACACGAAGACCAUGUCAAUUGGCGAGUUCAUGAAGGGCAAGGAUCAAAUUCAAUCACGUGUGACUGAAGCUGACGGUUCAGCUUACAGUUGUGUGGAAUUUCUGCGGGUGUGCAAGCGGUAUGAGGAUCGUGAGCUCGAUGAGCUAGCAGCACUUUUUGUGGAGAGACGCGAAGCCUUAUCUUCUAAGAAGUCAGAAUCAGCAGCCAAGGGCAGAAAGAGACGGGAAACCGCCGGUAAAGGUAAAAGUUAUGUGGACAUUGGUGGGCAACAGGGUCGAAAGCGAAUCAAGAUGGGCAACUAG